AAACACAAUGAUGAAAACGUUCUUGCUGCUAAUCUGCGCCGUCGGAGCGUUUGGAAAAGAUCCUCCACUACAAUUUGGUCAAGAUUCUUAUAUUGAUGCUUAUUUAGAAACGCGCAAUUUAAAUAAAGUGAAAAUAAAUCGCGAAAUCAGUGUUACUAGUGAUAAUAAUCAUGGUGCUGGCGGAUACGAGUACCCAGCGCCGAGUCCUGUUUAUGGGCCUUCCCAUCCGACUUAUGGACCGCCGCCUUCUUAUCCCAUUUACGGAACUCCUCCCGAACAACACGGGAUACCAUUUUCGAUAAUUCACAGCCUUUUCGACAAACUGAAAUUCAAAUUGGAGAUUGUAACGCUACUCAAAAUUUUGCUGAAGGUUAUUCUGUUUAAAAAAUUCGUUAGCUUUGUUGCAAUUUUAUGUUUGUUACUAUUCAUACCAUGGUUGAGCAAGAAAGGACAUGGAAACAAUCACAAUGGCGGAAACGGAGACAACGAUGACGGGGAUUAUGAUGAUAUGAGGAAACUUGAGCGAAGAUCCAUAUUCCGUGGCGAUAAUCUUAACAACAUAACCGUUUACGUUUUGGAAGCAAUUGAAAAGUACGCUAGCAACCAAAUGGGAGAUAACCCAACGGGUAGUAAAUGCAGUAGUUUGUACUGUCGAGUAAAUAGGAUUGCUAAGGAUUUUAGUAAUAAAUUUGAUUAA